UUGGAAACAUCAGCCGAGGACCCGGAUGACGGAGACAUACAAGCGGACACACACACACAGACACACACACACACACAGAACCAGAAUCUACACAACCGUCCACACACACGUCGUGUCCGUCUCUUGUCCUCCUCUGCGGAUGAGAAUCAUUCCGCUCAGUGUCCCCGCUUUUCACACGUUAGCGUCGCAUCGGCAGCGCGAGACUUCCGCUUCGACAUGGACGGGGCGGAUUCUGGACCGGAGACGAUCCGUGUCCUCAUAAAGACACCGAACCAGGUCCGAGAGGACCAGGUCCUGGAGGACGUCCACCCCGGCUGGACCGUGAGGGACCUGAAGACGCGUCUGUCCGCCGUGUACGCCACCAGGCCGGCGGUGAGGGACCAGAGACUGAUCUACGCUGGUAAACUGCUUCCAGACCAUCUACACAUCAGAGAUAUCUUCAGACGGACGGACUCCAUGCCAGCUCUGCAUCUCGUGUGUGCUUUCAAGAAUCCACCUCAAGAACCACUGGGCCUGACACCGAAGAGCACAGAGACAGAACAUGCCCCCCCCUCCAGCCCAAGACGAACAGCACCGAGCCCCAGCAGCUCCUCCACAGUCCAGACUCCGAGCUCACCAGAGCUGAGGCAGCGGAGACCGACGUCUUCCGCCGCAGCUGCUGCUGCUGCUCCGGCUCACACGCAGACCCCAGCGUCUCCACCGUGGAGUCCUGCAUGGCCGCCUGCUGCAAUGCCGGGAGCUCCGCAAAUCACCCAACCAACGUUUCCCACCUACUCCCUGUACAGCCCCCAACAGCUGCUGUGGCUCCAGCACGUCUACGCUCGACAGUACUACAUGCAGUAUCACGCAGCUUUGGUGGCGGCCGGCUCCGCCCCCUCUCCACCAGCUUCAGUCACUGGCCAGUUCCCUCCGGUUCCUGCCCACCAGGUACCUGUUCCAGCCCCCUUAGCCAAUCAGAACCCUAUCGACAACCUGCCGGCAAAUCAGAACCCAGCGCAGGACGGAGCUUUCAUCAACCCGGGAGACGCCAACCAGAACAUGCGGAUGAACGCACAGGGCGGAGCUGUGAUGGAGGACGAGGACGCCGUAGAACGUGACUGGCUGGACUGGUUGUACUCGGCAGCGAGGUUCUGUGUUCUGCUCAUGAUCGUGUACUUCAAUUCCAACCUGAGUCGCUUUCUGAUGGUGACGGGCACGCUCCUCCUCAUGUACCUACACACGGCGGGUUUGUUUCCCUUCAGACGACGACAGGUUCAAGACCCAGACCACCUGCAGCCCCCUGAGGUCCAGCACAACCAGCAGAACGAGAACAGGAUCCCAAACCCUGAUCCGGCGGUCGAACUGGCCGACAGGGAGGAACCGGCCGCUGCAGCAGACGGACCCGAUGAACAAGGACCCAUGGCGGCCGUGUUAGUUCCUGCACACAGGGUGUCAGUCAUGUGGACGGCCUGGGUUUUCUUCAAAACCUUCUUCUCCUCCCUCAUACCCGAGGCUCCUCGGGGUGUGGCCAACUGAAGGCACCGAGACGGAAGACUGUUUAUCUUGUGAGAGGGAAACUGUGACCCCUGGAGACGUCGUGUGACAUUCAGGUGGAAGGAUGAGGCCAAAGAAGAGCUGUUGAAGAAAGAAACACAACACAUCAACAGCGACAGAGACCUGCCAACAGAAUCUUGGACAGUAAAAUGUGACGGAGCUGAAAGUUAAACACCAGCAAAACAGAAAGCAGUGCCAGAAUUUUGCCAAAAAUGUGGAAACAAAGAAAAUGAACAGAGUAGAAAUGUCAGACAUCAUACGAAUAGAAUAACCGCUGGAUCUGAGCAAUCAGUUUUUCUUGCUCUGCCUCAAAGCCUCGUAAAGUGAGUGUAGAUUCCUGGACGGACCAGUAGGUGGCAGCUGAGGCUAAAAUAUAAACCUUCUGAGGACGUCUGAACAGUGACUUCUCUGACUCCCUGGAUUUUGAAAUCAGUUUGCCUGAAUUCAGAUUUUUCAGCCUAUGUUUGAUUAAAGCUACAAAAGUAAAAUAGAUGUUUUUCACUCUCAGACAGUUUCAGCCUGUGGAAGUAAAAAAGAGGUCGGAAUAAUUUGGACUGAAUUUAUUUUAAAGUUUCAGAAAUGUAAAGAUAUAAUUCAAAACAGGGUUAGGGUUAUUUCAUCAUUAUGUUUUAUAUCUUUUGAAUUCAGAUGGAUGUUAAACAAAGAAAAGUUAAAUUUUUUAACUCAUUUCUCAGUUGACCAUUAGAUUCAACUUAAUUUGGCCUUUCUUUGCUUCCAUACAGUCACUGGACCUAAUAUUAACCCAGCUCCACUCAAACAGCAGAAGAACCAGAACCAGCAGAACAAAAUAAACCUCACGAACAAAAGCUUAUGUAAAAAUUUUUAUCCUGAUUCUUUUAAUCAAAAACUUCAUAUAUCUUUUAGGGUUUUAUUUUGGGUUUUUUUCCAUUUCCUAGUUUGACCAAAUUAAAAUUUGGAGCAAUGUAAAAUAGUGAUGCUGGAGGUGUUAUUGUAAAGUCUUGUAAAUAUUUGUACUCGAAGCACUUUACAACAUGUAUGUUAUGCAAGCGUCUUUACUUAUAGAGGGGUUAUGAUGAACUAUUCUCAAUGUGAGGAUUGCUGAUAUCAAUAUGAUGCCUGCAGGAACUUUUUAAAAUUAAUUUAAAGUAGAAAUUUGUGCUAUUUAAGUCACAGCUAAUAUCACUUAGGAAGAAAAUCUAAUAAUUUCAAAUGCAGCCAUUGUGCCUCCUUGUUAAUAUUUUGUUGUCACUCAUUCAUUCCACAUUAUGAGCUAAAUGCAGAGCUGUGACACUUCAGAUGAAAUGACUUCUGGGUAAUGCAGGUACCAUCGAGUGUAAAUAAAGAUGGCCGACGCAUCUCCACUUCCUCCCACUGUUCAGAAAUGAAACGUACACAUAUUAUGCUGUCAAUCAUUAUGUUUCACUGUGUUUCAAACAUCAUCAACUCACAAAUUAAAACUGAACUUAUCAGAAACACAGACACUUGAACACGUGUGUAUCCCAUCCACUAACACGGAGGAGGUGAGGGAACUUUUGGGGAGUCGUCAUGUCCAUUUUGGUCUUUGCAUGGCAGUUACAGGUCUUUUACUCGAAACCUUCAACUUGUGAUUUUAUGCUGUUGUGUGACGUAAGUUUUGAUCUGUUUGGUUUCACAUUUAUGAUUUAUUCUAUAAUAAAGAAAAAUGGGAUUUAC